AACUCGAUCAAGGUAUAAUACGUGACCGUGUGUACAUAAACCUUUAUAAAGAUUAUUCUACAGAUCCAUGUUCAAAUGUGCAUAAAAAUGCAUAACUUCUUCACUUGCUAAUAAUGUACAUCACUUUAUUUACAAUACUAUUAAUAGACAAUAAUAUAAAUAACUCCCGAUAUUUUUUGAGUCACUAGCGAAUUUUCCAUUUCUAUUUUAAGACUGGUGCUAAAUAUAGCGUUUGACGACAUAAACUUAUGUCUAUAUUUAGUCGCUAUAUAGUAUAUAAUAGAGACCUGUAAACUGGGAUUUUAAAAACUUGGCAAAAUUGACUCUCUUUGGCAGUUUACACAGUGAUCAAUUAAUGAAACAUGCUUCUAUAUGAUGAAGUCAAAGAUGAGGAUCGGUAUGACGUCGAUGCAAAACAAAUGGAAACAUUUGAAGACUGGUCUGGCUAUAUUCCAGUAAAGAAGAAUGACCUUGAAGCAAGAAUUAUUUAUACAGGUGGAGGUGAUAGUGCACAGUAUAAUGAUUGUGGCGGCGGACUCAGGAACUGGGAAAAGAAUGGCAUUCGAAAAGAAGAAUACGUUAAGUGGCAUUCCGAAUUCCCAUAUAUACUGUUACUAAAGGGCCAGUCAUAUGUUGAAAAACGUAAUAGUGAGAGAAAACCAGAGGCGGUCGCUCCUUCAAAACAUAUUGGUGGAGGAAGUUCUAUGAUUAACCUUCUUGGAAGUGUUGCUGCUAAAAGUUGUUUAGAAAUGGAUUUUCCGAGGGAUGAGGUCAAACAGGCAAUUGGCAUUUACUGUCAAAGAAACGGUGAUCUGAACUUCAAGGCCAAGGAUUUAUGUGAGAUUUUAUUUGAAAUUGAGGAAAAUCAAGACAAGACCUGCUCAGCUGUAAUAGAUAUUAUAGCUACUCCAGUACCAGUGGCAAGUUUUGAAGACGAGGAUUUUCCAGUUUUGUAUAACAGUUUCAUAGGAGAGAAUCAAAUGUGCAAGAUGUGUAUGUAUAAACAAGAUCAUGUGACAUUGUUAGCAUAUCAUCAUUUGGUUAGCUGUCCACAAUGUGCCAUAGAAUUGUCACAAGCAAUUUGUAUGAUUCCGGGACUGCAUAGAGCAUAGCAGAUAUAAUUGAGCGUUUUGGUGUAAUUGUGUGCAUAUUAUUUGCUUUGGUUCGAAAAUGCAUGUUUAAUUAGUUAUUAUACAGGGUAUGAGGGUAAUUGAAUAUAAAACCAUAUACAAAUGACUUUGUGUCCACUAUAUUGAAUGGCUUAUAUUUAUAUAAUAUACAAUACUAUGUACAUUUUAGUUCAAUAUUCGGGUACAAGAAGGUGUAGGAGUUUUAUUACCUCAUAUGACCAGACUCGACCACACCGAGUUUCAUUUUGCUUCUUGUAUUUCGAAAUGAUAUUCUUAUAGAUGUUAUUUGCUCUGUGUAUUAUUGUAUGGCAUAACAAACGGUUCAUAGGAGGACCCAGUGACGGUUACGGCUUAUGAAAUAGAUUAUGUAAGAUUAUCAUAUUUCUUGCUGCGUGCACUACUGUCGCAGUAGACUGUUAAUACAGAAUAAAGUUCUAAUUCUAUUAUGAGGUAUUGGACAGGUUUCCGUAAGGCCUAAACAAGUGUUUGUUUCCGGUAUCUCGACCUACCCUAAAUUUUUGGUCCGACCCUAAAUGUUUUUAUGGCCAUGUAGAAUUGUUUUUCCACCCUUUUAACAAAAAGUUGCAAAAGUACACUCAACUUAUUGAUGCUCUAUAGGCAUAAUCCCCUUAUUUGUAUUCAUUUUUUGACACAAAAAUAAUUUCCGAAAAGUUCCACUUAAUAAAACAAACUCCCCUCCCCAACGGCCCCGAAAAAAAAACGGGGAAAAAAAGGAAAAAAAAAAGACGUACCUGCCCUAAUUAUUGAAGCAUGUUACCGGAAACAAUUUUUUAGGCCUAAAUGUGUCAUAUGCAAAUAAAUAUUAUACAUAUAUAACAUAUUAUAUUAUUAACACAGUAGGGGGAGAUAGUUAAGCUAUGAUUGAAUGCAAUAGUGGCUCAUUUCAAUAUAUUGACUGUAUGUGAGAGUUAUACGCUAUAAGUGUUUGAUAGAUUACAGAACCAAGUUAGUUAUCACUUGUUGUUGGCAGCUUUGAAAUAUUGAAGAUAUGUGUUGAAAUAAAAUGAUUUAAUUUCCAUGUCAUUUCUGGUUUAUAUAAAGUAAAAUCGUCAUUAUUAAAUGUUGCCGAUUCAAGAUAUAUCCAAAAGCGAUUGACAGUUUUUUUUUAAAUCUGGAACAUUAUCAGGGAUAAGAUCUUGUGAUAGUAUGCACCCUUAUCAAGAGGAUGAGUAUGUCAUCUCUAUUUCAGUUGUAAAAUGAAAUUAAUAUAGUUUAAGUGUUUGUUUAAUAUACCCUUCGUGCAACAAAAUGUUGAAGCUUAAUAAGGGCCUAUAGAAUAUUACGAAUCCCUGUGUGCUUCAUCAUUGUUUCUAUAUUAUUGUUUUAUUGGUUAUGUAACACACCAAAACGCAUAUUAGAAGGUACUAGUUUACUUUUGCUGUUAAAUAUGGAAAAUAGAUAAUCUAAUUAUCAGUAAUUGUUUGAAACAAUGAAAUGCACUUAAAAUAGUUUUAAUGUUAAUCAGUAUAGGAAUAAUCUAAUAGUGGUAAUUGCUCGAAAUACACUGCGUGGCUUAUACCUUGGAUAUAAAGCAAAACGAGCUUUAAGUCUUGUUUUGUUAAGUUUUGUUUUGUUCGAAUAUGAUAAUCUAUAAACAAUAUCGGACGAGAUAUUUGACAAAUAUAUCCUGCGAAAAGAAAUAAAAGAAAAACAGUGCUUUGACAGGUCUUGAAAACAUAAGAAAAUAUUAGAAAAGUGUGAGAAAAGUUUACCGCCGACCUACGUGCAAAUUGCAGUUGUCUGAGGUAAUUAACAAUAAUCAGUCCAUCUUUUCAUUGUAACCACCUUGAAAAUGAUUGUGUUUAUUCUUGCAAACAUAAUUACAAAAACAAAAUCAGACUUUACACAAGAUUUUAACACGUAACUGUUUACUUGGACAGUUUGGGAAUAGACAGACAGACAGACAGGUAGUUAGCCAUCCGUUUACAUUCUUUCUUAACAAGUUCAUGUUUUGGAUAAAUGUAUUUACUACCCGUCCUCAAAAAUGUACAUAACCAUAGAGUAAAUAUCCAGUUUACGCUUAUAUAAAAUGACUGACUAAACUUAAAUGUUUUCAGCUGACGGUUUUUGAAUAUGUGAGGAUAUUCUAAUUACAGCACCGCAAUGCUUAUGAUGAAAGAACAUAUUAGAUAAUCAUACAGAACCAAAUAUAUGAUCUACUUUGAUCAUGUUGAUAGAUAUUUUAGAUUACCGACCCCUACACCAUUGUAUAUCUUAUAUUAAUUUUAGGCAUGUACCAAGCAAAAAGUAGAAUCUGUUUGUUUAAAUGGUACAUUAUAAGCCAUAUUUUGAUUAUUUUGCAUUAUUUUGCAUAAUUUUGUUAGAAAGAAAUAUUCGAAGAAACAUUUUUAACAUGGCGGAUUUCCUAAAAACGCUAACGUCAAUACCGUCAGUAAUGUGCGGCGAUCUCCAUUUAACUUACCUUGCUUUCUGUGCAUAUUGAUAUCUCGAUAAGUAACAAUUUUAUUUUAUAUUUUAAAAAAGUAUUGCAAAAAAGAUUAAGAUACUUGGGUAU